GACUUCUCGCAAACUUUCAGUUCGCACACUAUAUGGAGCAGAUUACACAACUGAAUAAGCACACACUGUCAGCUGUCUUCAUGUCGCCACCGGGUCCGUGUGCAGUGAAUGUGAGAAUGGGCUUCAGUGCGCUCGUGUGCGCGUGUGUUCUCGCGUUCUGCAGCGCUGCUCCGGUAAAACGCCUGCAGAGGAACGAGCCUGAGAACAACAGACCGAUCAUCGGUAUUCUGACGCAAGAGGUUGACAAUGAGGCUAUGAAAAUAUUUGGAAAGACCUACAUCCCUUCAUCAUAUGUAAAGUACAUCGAAUCCGGGGGAGCUAGAGUUGUGCCAAUUAGGUUGAACCAGAGUUCUGCAGAACAUGAAAAAAUCUUCAACUCAAUAAAUGGUCUUAUUCUCAUCGGAGGCUCUGUGAACCUGGAGACAUCUGACUUUGCUCACACAGCUGGGAUUUACUUCAGACUUGCUCUUAAGGCACAUGAUGAGGGCGAGUACUUUCCCAUCUGGGGAACAUGCCUGGGAUUUCAGCUGCUCACUGUGCUGGUGGCCGGAGAAAACCUGUUGAGUAAGACUACAGCAGAGAAUGUCACUUAUCCACUCAACUUCAGCUCAGAAGCUCAAUCCAGUCGUAUGUUUGCCAAUGUUCCACCUGACCUCCGUAAAGCAUUGUCCCAGGAACCACUCACUGCAAACUUCCACCACUACGGAGUGACUAAAGAGGCAUUCAUGGGUAAUGAGAAACUGAAAAGCUUCUUUUCAGUGCUGUCCACAAACAUAGCAGAAAACGGCCUUGAGUUUGUUUCCACCAUGGAAGGCAGGAAAUACCCUUUCUAUGGGGUUCAGUGGCAUCCGGAGGUGAACCGCUUUCAGUGGGACCCUCGUUACAACUUUCCUCAUUCCAGCAACGCUGUGCGCAUCUCAUCCGUACUGGCUGAAUUCUUUGUAAAUGAGGGAAGGAGAAGCUCCCAUCACUUCAGUGAAGCAGCAGAAGAGAGCCGCGCGCUUAUAUACAACUACAACCCUGUUUAUGUGGCAAAUAUCUCUGCGUAUGAACAGUCUUAUUUCUUCUGAGAGACACAUAAUAUUGAAGGAUGCUCAGGAAGGAAACCCUUCUCAGAAAUGUUCAGAUUGACAAAUGUACUGUAAUUAUCACGCUCAGACCUCAUAUUUAAGAAUAUAAUGUUUUUAACAGAGAGACAAAUGAAAUCAUCAGUGUUUUCUUGAAUUAUUUUGUGAUUUUUCUUUUAAUUAAUGUUAUUACAUAUUCAGUUUUUUAAACUAAAAAAAAUACACAUGACUAAAUUUAAAAGAGCCAGGAGGCCUUUCUGUGUGGAGUUUGCAUUAAACAUCAAAGGGACUUUAUGCUUUAUUUGCCAGAAGAGGGCAGUAUUGUCUCACAUGGCAUGUUUAUUCACAAUUUGAUUGUUUUUUUCCCAUUGCAUUGUUUUACAAAAUAACCCAAAGAAUUUGUUUUACAAUAAGGAUAAAUAUACUGUAGUACAUUAUUUAAACUGGAUUUUAAAAAAGUUUAUAUUUUUGUAACUGUAAUAUACAUAUAUAUAUUAUAUAUUACAUAAAAGAGAAAAUUAAUUGUAUGUAUUAUUUAAAUGUAUUAUUAAAUGUGUUAUUCCUGCAUAGAAAAAUUAAACUUGUGCCAAUCAAUCAA